AUGGAUCAAACCGUCGGCGUCGAUCAAACUGAUCCAAACCCGGCCACGCAGGCCCCCGAAGCCGUCCCAAUGACUGAGCAGCAGUCUGCCGACCUCGCCAGGGCUCAGGAGGCCGGCUGGACCAACCAGGUCGCCUUCGAUUACGAUGCUUUCCAGAGCAUGGGCGGCAACAACGACAACUGGCAUGGAGCGGGUCAAGUCUACGAAUGGCGCGACGAGUAUGGUGAUGUUGCACCACGCGUGCCAGAGCUCGAGGCAAUCCUCUUCGGUGGCGAGUUCCAGAUGCGCAGAGGCGAGCACCUCGCGAACUUGGAAUUGCAGGUGACGAUUGAGGGUGCGAUGAAGCCGAAGCCGUUCCGCGAGUUCCAAGAAGCUGGCCUUCACCCAGUCGUCAUGGAGAACAUCAAUCUCGCUCACUACGCCCGUCCUACUCCCAUCCAAUGCUACGUGAUCCCAGCUGUGAACAUGGGACUCGAUGUGGUGGGCGUCUCCCAGACAGGAUCCGGAAAGACGGCUGCAUACCUCAUCCCUAUUGUUUCCAAGCUCAUGGGGAAAGCCAGAAGGGUGCAAGGCCCUCGCCCCGACAUCAACGACCCUGGCUCCAUGGUUCGUGCAGAGCCCCUUGUGGUUAUUGUUGUCCCGACUCGUGAGCUUGCGAUGCAGAUCUUUGAUGAAGCUCGUCGCAUGUGCUACCGCUCCAUGCUCCGUCCGUGUGUCGCGUACGGAGGUCUUCCCAUGAGGAUCACCCGAGAGGAGUUGGGCAAAGGGUGUGAUGUCCUCAUCGCCACCCCCGGCCGCCUCGGUGACCUCAUGGACAAGCCGCACAUCUUGACUAUGUCUCGCGUGAAGUACACGGUCAUCGACGAAGCGGACGAGAUGUUGCACUCCGACUGGGAGGAUGAGUUGCGUAAGAUCAUGUCCGGCGGUGACACCAACGACGAUGCCGACCACACCUUCCUCAUGUUCUCGGCUACCUUUCCCAAAGAUCUGCGUAGCAUGGCGAAGGACUACAUGCGUGACGACUUCGUGCGCAUCCGCAUCGGCCGCGCUGGAUCGACCCACAAGAACAUCACCCAGAAUGUCAUCGAGGUCGACCGUGACAGGAAGCGCGACGCGAUCUACGACCUGCUGUUCAGCAUGGAGCCUGGCCGUACUUUCAUCUUCUGCAACUCGAAGAUCACCGUCGACCUUCUUGACGACUUCUUGUACAACAGGGGUCUGCCGACCACUUCCAUUCACUCUGAUCGCAACCAGCGAGAGCGUGAGGAUGCUAUGCGUGCGUUCCGUACCGGAAAGACUCCUAUCCUCAUCGCCACCGGUGUCUCUGCAAGGGGUUGGGAUAUUAUGGCGGUCCGUCACGUCAUCAACUACGACCUCCCUUCGACCAUGUACGGCGGCAUCACCGAGUACGUUCAUCGCAUCGGGCGUACCGGGCGCAUUGGUCAUCGGGGACUGGCCACCUCCUUCUACGAUCCCGAGAAAGAUGAGGGGCUUGCCCAAGACCUCGUCAAUGUGCUUGUCGAGUGUGACUGUGACGUCCCGGACUUCCUUUCGCACCUCACUCCCGAAGACACGAAGAACAUCAACUUUGACGACAACUCGGAGGACGAAGGUGACGGGGGUGCUUCUCUGGAUGACACCAACGGGCACCACGAUGCAGAGGAUACCGGCGCCAACGGAUUCACGAACGGCAUCAACGGCGAUCACCACGGUGCUGAUGCUUCUGCCGCUCCCGCUGCUGAGGAAGGCUUCACUCGCGAUGCUGGCGAGCAGGGCUUCACUCCCGAUGCUGCUGGCGCCUACUCGGCCGCCUGGUAG